AUGAUAAUCAAAUUAAAACAACGUAAAAAAAUUCUUUUUAGUAUUAAUGCAAUGAUCAAUUUGAAAAAGUUGCUCGCUGCUCUAUAGAAUAAAUGGUAUUGCAAGCUAUUCUAUCAAAUACUUUAACACAGAUUAAUAAACUAUCUCAUUAGUAGAUAAAAAUAAAUAAUAACUAAAUAAGCCCAUCUGAGUAGCAAUAAAAAGAGCCAAGUUUGCUAUCAUUGGAUUUACUAAACUAAUUAAAUUAAAUUAAAAGAGAAUCUUCAUAAAAAUCUAUUAAUACAAAAUCAUGUAGCUUUAUCAAUGAUCCUUAAAAUAAAAAUACUAGAGAUAGCUAAAGGAAUAUAUAAAAUUAAUACAACAUAAAAGAUUAAUUUGAUCCAUAAAUAUUAUAGAGAGUUUCUCAGCUUAUCUAAAAUUCUAAUAUACCUCUACUUUUAUAGCUUACUACUCCUGGCACGAGUUUUAGAAAUCCUGACAUAUUAAACCCUAAUUUAUCUAUGGACUUCUUUGACAAAAUGUAAAUUUUCAAGAAAUUUUUUACCAACAAUAACUUUGAUAAAGUGA